UCAUUAGUUUACCAAUCUGGAUGGUCUGGACUGAUCUGAUUAGUAUACUUGUACAAGCAGUUCGAAACGAAGCUCAAUCAAACGAACACCCCGUUCAAGAUGAACGCGCUCCCAUUGGCAAUUGUGAUCUUGAACGCGAUGAUGAUGGCAAAGUGCAGUAACAGUUGGUGCCACCAAAAGUGUCUGGCAAUCAAGCAACCGAAUUAUCCAGAUAACAUCAACAUUUAUUUCGAAUACAGAAGGGCCGUUCUUAAGGUACCGGCCGUUCGAAAUCCGCCCUCAAGUAGAGUGUAUCGGUUAUCCAAUGGAGAAAUUAUACCAGGUAUGCUUAAUUAUGAUACCCAGAGACAUACAUUUUUUUGGAAGCGCAAAGUACGUGGCAUUGUUGCUAAAACCAAUGAAGUGACGCUGCGUGAAUAUCGAGUUGAGCCUCAAGAAGGUAAUAAUGCCAUGUGUAAGUCGGCUGAAGUGCGAAGCACGAAAAAUGCAGUCAAAUGUAAACCACGCCCAUUUAUUCUUGACUUGGUAUCUGAUGAAGGACAACUUAUUCCAGAUAAAGCGGCAACUCAACUGUGCAUGGGAUUCUGCAACAAACGCCUUAAAGUGCCGAAGAUUUGCAAAUCGGUAAAAUACGAAAACGUGUCGGUUCCAGUGCAGGUUUUAAGAAAAAAUCGUCACAGUUACUGUUCGACUGUUUUAGUCCCCAAAGACAUCAAAUGCAGCUGCCAAUGCGCCAUUGGCGCGGACAGUUGCACAUCGAGGCAAACAUUUUCGAAAAAAACCUGCAGCUGCAACUGCAGGAAAGAGGAGAAAACCCAGUGUGAACGGAAGAUCGAUGAAGAAAGAAGAAUGAGAGGCACAAGUAUUCACUAUUGGGACUCAAAGUCUUGUUCUUGUGAGUGUUCUCCGAAAACCAACUGCACGACUGGAUUGGUUUGGAACGAGUCAAUGUGCAGAUGUUUGUCCGCGAAAAAGGAGAGCAACGGCUGAAAACGAUAAACAUAUCCACGAACAUUUGUAUCAAACUCCUAUAAAAGUAUAUUGUAUUUGCAA